ACGUGACGGGGCGCCGCGCACGUGACGCCGCGCGCGGGGCGGGGCGGGGCGGGCGCCAAGAUGGCGGUGUGCAUCGCCGUGAUCGCCAAGGAGAACUAUCCCUUGUACAUCCGAAGCGUUCCGACCGAAAACGAGCUGAAGUUCCACUACACCGUGCACACUUCCCUCGAUGUCGUGGAUGAGAAGAUCUCUGCGAUGGGCAAGGCUCUUGUAGAUCAGAGGGAGCUGUACCUGGGGCUCCUCUACCCAACGGAAGACUACAAAGUAUAUGGCUACGUGACAAAUUCCAAGGUGAAGUUUGUUAUGGUGGUAGAUUCUUCAAACACAGCACUUCGAGACAAUGAGAUCCGCAGUAUGUUCCGAAAGCUGCAUAAUUCAUAUACAGACAUAAUGUGUAACCCUUUUUAUAACCCUGGGGACCGUAUCCAUUCCAGGGCUUUCGAUAAUAUGGUGACCUCCAUGAUGAUGCAGGUGUGCUAAGACUGUCCAGUCUCUUCAGAGUGCAAAAACAUACCCUGGGUACAGGAGCAUGCCUACAAAGUGAUGUAUAUAUCAUCUUCUAUGUAAUAUAUUAAAUUUAUUGUGUAAAAUAAACUUGACACUUGCAA